AUGGGGAGCAGCGCGAAGAGACUGACCAGCCAGCAGACUUACCCUCAGCCCGCCUGCCUUUACGCCGCUGCUCCGCCGAAUGUGCAGGAGGUCCGCCUGGAGCCGCAGCAACAAAAACAACAACAACCCGGUAGCGCCGGUCCGUCCUCCAGCGGCAAGCUGAAGAGGCAGCGUUGCUGCUCGCCCGAGUUACUGCGCUGUAAGAGGCGCCUGAAUUUUAGCGGUUUCGGCUACAGCCUGCCCCCGCAGCAACCGGCAGCCGUGGCCCGGCGGAACGAGAGGGAGAGGAACCGGGUAAAGCUGGUUAACCUGGGCUUCGCCACCCUCCGGGAACACGUCCCGAACGGCAGCGCCAACAAGAAGAUGAGCAAAGUGGAGACGCUGCGCUCGGCAGUGGAGUAUAUCCGUGCGCUACAGCAGCUUCUGGACGAACAUGAUGCAGUGAGCGCGGUUUUCCAGGCCGGCCUGCUCUCCCCCAACCUCUCCACCGAAAUCAACUCCAUCGCCAGCUCCCCUGUAUCCUCCUGCUCCUCUGAGGAAGUAGCGAGCGAGCCUCUGAGUCCUGAGGAACAAGAACUCCUCGACUUCGCCAGCUGGUUUUGAGCUCUCUCUCUCUCUUCCUCUCUCUCUCUCUCUCUCUCUAUCUGUCUCUCCCUGCAGCAGGUUUGGACUUCAAUGACCCCUCCACAUUGCGAUGCCAAACGAGAACUAUACCUCCAGGCCCGCCCGAGAUUCGGCUCCAUUUCGAAGGCGCAGGAUACUGGAGGGAGGAAGUGUUGACAUUCACGCCGGUUUUGUGCUCCCUGCCCGCCCUAGAUGUCUCUGUUUUAACCCGCCCAAAGUGAGCUGGGGUGGACGGGGUUGAGAUGAGGGAUA